GAUAGAAACUCGAUACUAUGAGAGACAUCCUGAGUUGAAUCCAUUCCCUGAUGCGGCAGCCACACGAGAUGGUGCUGUUACAACACAGGAGGGUGAGGGGACAGGUUCACAGGGUGGUGGUGGUGUUACUAUGCAGGUGGAUGAGGGGACAGGUUCACAGGGUGGUGGUGGUCACGUUACCAUGCAGGAGGUUGAGGAAACAGGUUCACGGGAUGCUGGUGGCACCACACAUGGGAGGGAGAUGGGAGAUUCACAGGGUGGUGGUGUCACGCGGGAGGUCAGUUUACAGAGUGGUAGUAAUACCUUGCAGGAGCACGAGUUACCAGGUACACUGAGUGGUGCUGAUGAGGCUUCUACGUCAGGCGCUGGUGCUGAGCUACCUAUCCAGAAAUCACAAGGUCAACCGAAGGAGGAAGUGGAGGUUAAAGUCGUGAAGAAUGAUGAGGUGGAUAUAGGUGAGGUGGCAAACAAGUCGGGAAAUGGUGCUGAAGAGGCUUCUACGUCAGGCGCUGGUGCUGAGCUACCUAUCCAGAAAUCACAAGGCCAACCAAAGGAGGAAGUGGAGGUUAAAGUCGUGAAGAAUGAUGAGGUGGCUAUAGGUGAGGUGGCAAACAAGUCAGGAAAUGGUGCUGAUGGGGCUUCUACAUCAGGCGCUGGUGCUGAGCUACCUAUCCCGAAAUCACAAGGUCAACCAAAGGAGGAGGUGGAGGUUAAAGUCGUGAAGAAUGAUGAGGUGGCAAUAGAUGUUCGUGACUAAUAGAUAUGUGUGAGAAUUUCUCGACUUAAUCACACUAACAGAAGGGAUGUGCAUAAAAAGAACUUGCGAAUGCUUGGUUUUGAAAGUAUAGGUGCAAAUUCUAAAGGUAAUCCAUGUAUGGUUGAACUAAAUAACAUCCCCCUCUGUAUAAAUGGAGAGAACAAUUUUCAAAAUGUUUAAUAUCCCUUUGUCCAUCUAACAUAAAAAGAAUUAUGCA